AUGGCGGCGCCCAGUGUGGCCGAGGUGGCGUCUGAACCCUCGGCUCCGGUGUACCUGGUGGUGAGCGGGAUCCCCACGGGCCUGCGCUCGGCCCAGCUGAGGAACUACUUCAGCCAAUUCCGGGAGCAGCGCGGCGGCUGCGACGCCGGCUUCUUCUGCUUCCACUAUCGGCACCGCCCUGAGCGGGCCCUGGCCCCAGAACGGGCCCCGGUCCCAGUCACCGCAGCCCCGGCCUGCGAUCCUGCUCAUUUCCCAGCCCCGGCCGCUCCGGCCCUGUCCUCCGAGGCGGCUGCGGCUUCCGCUCAGUCCUCAGCCCCAGACCCUCCUGCCACCUGCUGCUGCGUGAUCUCAGUGCGGGGGCCGGCCCAGGCCGAGCGGUUCCUCCGCAUGUACUCGGGCCGCCCUUGGCUCGAUUCGCAGGGGAACUGGCUGCCCGGACGCUGCCGUAUCCGCAGGCUCCGGCUCCCCGUUCAGGAGGCAGGUGUCAAUCCAUUUCCCUUCAAAACCCGGAAGGAGCUGCAUAAUAGGAGGGCCAUCAGUGAAGUCUUCACCCUGGCUGACCUUAAGCAGCUGCCGGAACUAAACCCUCCAGCCUUGAUGCCCAAUGGGAACGUGGGGACCCCAAUGCGUGUCUUCUUAGAGCUGAUCCGAGCCUGUCGUCUGCCCCCCCGCAUCAUUACCCAACUGCAGCUACAGUUCCCCAAGACGGGCUCCUCCCGGCGAUAUGGCAGCGUGCCCUUUGAGUAUGAAGACACAGAGACUGUGGAGCAGGAAGAGCUGGUGUACACAGCCCAAGGAGAGGAGAUCCCAGCAGCCCCUCAAGGAGCCUGUCCCACCCCCAUCACAGCCGGGACCCAAGGAGGGCCAAAGGAAGACGAAGAGGAAGAGUCUCAUUCAGACGACGACAAUGACACUUGUGAGGAGUGGGAGCGGCAUGAGGCUUUGCACGAGGAUGUGACGGGCCAGGAGCGCACGGCCGAGCGGCUCUUCGAGGAGGAGAUUGAGCUCAAGUGGGAGAAGGGAGGCUCUGGGCUCGUGUUUUACACAGAUGCUCAGUACUGGCAAGAAGAGGAAGGAGAUUUUGAUGAGCAAACAGCUGAUGACUGGGAUGUGGAUAUGAGCAUAUACUAUGAAGAAGACAGCGGAGACAAGGAUGCUCGUGACUCAGUCCAGAUGCGCUUGGAACAGAGACUACGCGAUGGCCUGGAGGAUGGCUCUGUGGUCAGGCACCAAGUUGGCACCUUUGAGCGUCACACAAAGGGUAUCGGAAGGAAGGUGAUGGAGCGACAAGGCUGGGCUGAGGGUCAGGGACUGGGCAGUAGCUGCUCAGGAGUGACUGAGGCCCUGGACAGUGAUGGGCAGAACCCCAGGUGUAAGCGUGGACUAGGGUACCAUGGAGAGAAACUGCAGUCUUUUGGACAGCCAAAGAGGCCAUGUGGGACCAGCCUGGGGCUUAUCUCCACCAUCUAUGAUGAACCCCUUGCUCAGGACCAGGGUGACCUUCUGCUUCGACGCCAGCCACCUACCAGCCUGAAGUUCCGGGCAGAUAUGACGACCUUUGUGAGAGGCUCAGGCACAGACAGCUUUUCCCACAGCUCACUGGAGCCCGAGUGACUGGGACAGGAACUCCACAUGUGGUGGGAGGAUCACAGCAUCUCUCUGCUCUUUCUGUUCUUGAAGCCAAAGUGGGGGCCUGGCUCCAGGACCCAGACUUUCCUAGAGAAGAGAAUGGGUUGGACAGACCCUGGGGCCAGUCACUUCUCUUCCUUCCCAUCUGCUACCUCAAGGCCAGUGAUGUUUUUUUCACAAAGCACUGUUUCUGUUACACUGUUCAAGCCUGGUGGUCUCUCCUUAUGAUUUUAACCUCUUUAUCUCAAGACCAAACAGUUUUGGCCUGGGCUCUUCCCUAGGACACGGGUUUCAGUUUUGGCCUUAUCUCCUUGCCCUCUGAAGCAGGGUGUCAUUGGCCAAGACCAGGCCAUCUUUUCCCUUGAGAUUUACUGCACAGCAAUAGCUGUGCUGGCCAGAUAGAAGGGGAGAGGGCAUGGCAGACUGAGGCCAUUCCACUUGCUCCCUUCUGUGAAGAGCAGAGGGAGCCAUAGCAGAAUAAAGUUUUUGUUUGUAUAACCAA